AUGGCUGAGAAGGGAAUGUGGCAAAAUGUUCCAUUAAUCACAAGCAUAAGGCUGACGCAGGCAUUCGCGCAGAGCCUUUCAGUUUUGUGCACAGAGUACAUCGCGAAGGUCACCAAAUCUAUCAGAAAAAGAUUCCCUUCGGAGCAUGUGGGCCACAUCGCUAACCUCGACACCGUACUCGAUGCAUCUCGCUAUCUGGGUGCUGCCAACGCAUUGAAGAGAAAUGGGCUGGAUACUAUGGAGCUUGUCUGUGACCACUACGGACUGGUGCAGGAGCGCAUGCUGUGUUUUUUCCUCCCAGUGAAGAGAGUGCUUGCAGGAUUGGGAAAUUCCACAUUCAGAGAGUCCUGCAAACUUUUGAUCGCUUCACUGGGAGAAAUUUUUCCUGACUUCAAAACUUUGGCUGAAGUAGCGCUGUCUCUCAGGCUUGCAGAGGACUGCGGCACCCAAAGCAUGGUCAGUCGUUGCCGCCAGCAUGUCCAUGCUGAUGGUGUAUCACCUAGAUAUCUUAUAGAGACUGUGUCUGUUCCACGAACUACGAAACACAAUACCCUCACUAAAUCAUUUAGAAAAAAUUGGAUUAAGGUCAAACUUGAACAAAACAUACAAAUUAAAAAUGUACAUCAUAUAAAAAUAGGGCUACUAAACAUUAGAUCUCUUUCUACCAAAGCACUAAUUGUCAAAGAAAUGAUUACAGAUCAUAGAUUGGAUGUGCUCUGUUUGACUGAAACCUGGCUUAAACCGGAUGAAUAUAUUAGUUUAAAUGAAUCUACUCCCCCAGGUUAUUGUUAUAAACAUGAGCCUCGUCUGAAGGGUCGAGGAGGAGGUGUUGCUACAAUUUACAGUGAAGUUUUUGGUGUUACUCAGAGGACAGGAUAUAAAUGUAAGUCUUUUGAACUAAUAAUGCUUAAUGUGACACCGUCAAAUACAAAUAUAAAUAAAAAUGAUCUGUCGUCCUUUACCCUUGCUACAGUGUAUAGAUCACCCGGGCCUUAUUCAGAUUUCCUUAGUGAAUUUGCUAAUUUUUUAUCAGAUCUUGUAGUUACUGUAGAUAGAGCCUUAAUUGUUGGUGACUUCAACUUUCACAUAGAUAAUGAAAAUGAUACAUUGGGAUUAGCAUUUAUCGAUAUUCUCAACUCUCUUGGAGUCAGACAAAAUGUAACAGGACCAACUCAUCGCCAUAAUCAUACGCUAGAUUUAAUUCUUUCAUAUGGAGUUGAUGUUGAUAAUAUAGAAAUUCUGCAGCAGAGCGAUGACAUCUCGGAUCAUUACCUCAUCUCUUGCAUGCUGCAAUCAGCUAAUGUUACUCAAUCUACACCACGCUAUCGUUCAGGUAGAACUAUUCUUUCGACCACUAAAGAUAGCUUCACUAAUACUCUUCCAGAUCUAUCUCAUAUACUCAAUAAACCCCAAAGCCCAGAAGAACUUGAUGAAAUAACAAAAAAUUUAAACGCAGUCUUCUCUAGCACCCUUGAUGUUGUCGCCCCACUUCGAUUAAAGAAAAUUAAAGAAAUAAGCCCUGCACCAUGGUACAAUGAUCACACUUAUGCUCUCAAGAGGGCAGCUUGGAAAAUGGAGCGCAUGUGGAAAAAUACAAAAUUAGAAGUAUUUCAGGGUGCAUGGAAGGAUAGUGUCUGUAGCUACAAACACGCACUCAAAGCUGCCAGGUCAGCAUAUUUUAGUAAACUCAUAGAAAAUAACCACAACAAUCCUAGAUGUUUAUUCAGUACUGUGGCUAAAUUGGUUAGGAAUAAAGCCUCAACCGAACCAGAUAUUACGUCACAGCUCAAGAGUAAUGACUUCAUGAAUUUCUUCACAGAUAAAUUUGAAAUAAUCAGAAAUAAAAAUAUGCAAUCAUCUGUCAUAGCACCUCAGAAAACAGUGUCGAAUAAUUUCCCUCAUGUGCAACUUCAAUCCUUCGCUAUCAUAGGUCAUGAAGAGCUAACAAAACUUAUCGAGACAUCAAAAGUGUAACCCGCACAAGAAGAGACAGUCACAAUGUAAGUCAAACUGCGUUUUAUUGCAGGCAGGCAAAAGUACAAUCAAGGGGAAAAUCCAGUGAAGAAUGGUCAGGGUGAGCGUUAAAUCGAAGCCGGGGACUCAAGAUAGGGUAAAGGGGCAAAUCCAGGAGAGAGUGGUCAACGAGAGCGUAGGGGUCAAAGCCGGGGUAAUCAGAAUCAGCGAGACGGGACUAGAGGGAGCAAAAGACAGGGGAACAAGGGGAGCUCGAAAGCUGGGGAAUCAAGAGGAAAAUGACGAGACUAGUGGGAGCAAAAGACAGGGGAACAAGGGGAGCUGGCAAGCUAGGAGGUGAACGAGAGGAGGUCAAAACUAGACGAGACUAGCGGGGGGCAAAGACACGGGAAACUAAAUACAAUAACCAACAUCCGUGAAACGGAUGUGCUGUGGUAUUUAUAGGGGAAGGUGCAGGUGUAAACAAUGAAAGGUGAUGAGACGAGUGCAGGUGAAACUAAUGUGCAGGAGUGCAGAUGACGCGAGUGCAGGUGGUCAUAAUGUUCUGGGGGAUUGGAAACGCGUGAGAAACUCGAGGAAGGGAGAUUGCCUAUGAGCAUGUGAGCGAGUAGGAGCAAAGUGGGCGUGAGGGCUCGAGCGAGCAAAAAGAGCGUGAAAAGCUCGAGGGGGCGGAGCGAGGGAGUGAGGUUCGUGACAAAAAG